CUUGUAGGCUGGACAAGCAUAUGUACUUUAACAUAUCUUUUAAAUGUUAAAAAUGUUUACUUUGGUGAACUUAAUAAAACAAAAGUGGUUGUAAAAAAACUUGCACAUGACUGGGAACUGUGGAAUGGUGACAAAACAAUAUGCAAACUAAAUGAUUUGCCUGAAAACUGCGACGUAAGAAGAGCUAUGAAAACGUUAUCUUUAGAGGUGCUUCAUUUACCAGUGGCAUUAACAUCUGUGCUGACUAUUUAUAACAAAGUACUUGAAAAAAUUAAAGGACUAACAGAUAUAACAAGCUGCCCUUCACAAAGGUUAAUUCAACAUAUUCAUGAAAAUGUAAGAGAAACACUCAGUAAAAUGACCUUACACAAAGACUUGCAAGAAAGUGAAGGGGAGAUUAUUGCAAAUGUUGUGUAUAGUAUGGUUAUUAAUCCUGAACCACUUAUCCUUCAAGCAUUUCCCGCAAAGGCUGGGUGGCCAUUUCCUGUGUACAAAGGAGGAUGUGGGAGGACAGUUGUUGAGGAUUUUGUGGGAAGAACUCUUGCAGAGUAUGAAGAUGCUCCUUGGCCAGUACGAGCCAACUUAGCGCGUCAGUUGAUCGAGAUGGCUCAGAUUCUUACAGAAAACUCACUAGACUUUGCUCUCUAUCUUACUGAUGUGAACACCAACAACUUUGCAGUGAAUGCAGACCAAAAGGUUGUCCUUGUAGAUGCAGAAAAUAUCAUUAUUGUAGACAGAUUGCAAGUUAGAAAAGAAAAACCACAUGGUUGGUCUAAGCCUUAUACCAAUGAUGUAAUUGGUUGCCUUGACUGUUUGAGUUUCUCACCUGAAGACCUGUGUGCUCAUGACCUGGCUGAUCAUAAUUAUUAUGCUAUCUGUGCUGGGAUCCUGGCUCCAGAUGCAUAUUAUUCUUCUAGAAAUGGAUUUCUACAUGGUAUUCCUCCUCAUAUUGACUUACAAACAAACUUAUCCCAUUUGGUUAAAGAAUGUGCACAUCCAACAUCCCAGUUCAACAGAUUUCUAAUCGUCCCAAGAACAUUCACACAGACAAACAAGCCAACUUGAAGUUACACCACCCAGAGCUGAUCUUGUCUCCGAGCCAGCAAGUUCAACAGACUCACCUGACUAACAAUUCAUCCCGAUCAUUUAUAUCACCAUUCAGUCCAUUCUCAACAACCAACUCUCCGCUAUAUCCAUUGGUUUCCCGCAUCAAUCCCAUCCACACAAACCUUUCAGUAUCUACACCAUUGCUCUCUUCCAUGACUAUUCUCCCAGAAGCUCUUUCUGUCCCUAGGAACCUACCAUUAACUCUAACUCCAAUGAUCUAAAAAUGAACGUUAGUUUACUUUCAGUGUUAAUGUCAAAUUUUCAUUUCUUUUAUUAGUGGAUUUCAGAUUUU